AUGGAAAACAAACCAAUUACUUCUCUAUCUUGGCAAGAUGAACUGAUAUAUGCACAUGGAACGAAACUCAUAGAAUCUACAAAUGUAAUGACGUUCGAGUCGCAAAUUAAAGGCGUACGCUCUUAUAACAACAAACUAGUCGUAUUUACAAAGAGAACAGUUAGCUUGCUAUCAAAAAGAGAAAAGAUCGAAUUGAUUUGGACCAAAACACUUAAUACAGACAUCAUAGAUGUAUAUUUGUACACAAAAAUAUGUAUUUUGAUGUCUAAUGGUAUUUAUAUUAGAAUCAAAAAUUUAAGCUUAAACGAAAUCGAUCGAUCAAAAAUUUUUAAUAAAACAAUUUUUUCGGGCCACAUAACAGAAAACAAGGUUUUGAUUGGAACAUUUGAUGACAUACACAUUUUUGAUGUAGAACAAGAUGAAUUCCCAAAAGAGAAAAGUGUUUUAAGAUAUCACCGAGGCAGAGUUUUUGACAUAACACUUACUGAGAACAAUUUAUUAUUUUCAUGCGCUGAAGACAGAAAAAUAUGCUUGAAUGGAACUACCAUCAUACAAGAUUACAGAAACUAUUAUUAUAAACUUUACUAUAAUGGCCUAAAACUUUACGCCUUCAAUAAAAAUGGGCAUCUGAAUAUUUUUGAGAAUAACAAUGUCGUACUUAAGAAAAAUUUUGGAAACAAUAGUCUUACUUCGAUUUUUGAAAAAUUUAAUAGGAUUUAUAUUGGUACAAAAACUGGUAGUAUUUACGAAGUUAUCAAUAAUGAAAUCAAGCAGAUUAGAGGUCCCCAUUCUAAUAUGAUAGGAUAUAAUCAAUUGUAUAGUAUUAAAGGAGUAACAAAACUUUUCAACUGUGGUGCAUAUUUUUAUAACAAUCAAAUAAUUUACAACAAGUUAGAAUUAACAACUUCGGAGUGUCCAAUAGAUUGUUUUGCCUAUGAAAAUGACAUCUUUCUAUUACGGCAUGAUUGUGUAGAAAUGUACAAUUUUAUAUCAGAUGAUUGCAAUAGUAGAUUAAUUUUAAAAUUUAAUAAUAGUAAGAUACAGUUUUCCAACAUUUCAGCUCAUAACAACAAAUUGUUCCUAUACAAUACUCAUAUUUACAUCAUAGUUUGUCUUUUAUGUUUCAGAAUCAUUCAAAUUACUAGAUGUGAAAAAAUAUUGGCGAUAAAAUCAGGAAUAGUCUGUGCUAAAAAUGGAUGCAUAGCCUAUAAAUCAUCACUUUAUAAAAUAUCAAACAGCCAAAUCACUGAUGUUAUCAUUCAUAAACAUAAUAUAUUUGCAAUUGAUAGUAAUGGGAAAUUUUUAACAAUAAACAUGGACAGCAUUUCAACAACAGAUACCAAUAUUUUAGAAAGAAAAGAUUUAUUGAAGAAUCAUGCAUGUAUUUAUAACAAUUCAUCUGUUAGUGUAGAUUACUUUCAACAAAAAUUGGCAAUAUUAGAUUUUUCAGACAUAUCGAUCAAGAAUAUAAUUUUGAAUAGGACAAAUUUGAUAGACUUGCGACCCAGAGUGCUUUACAAAUAUGCAGGAAACGCGAAUAAUGGAUUAUGUAUCAUCAAAAACGAAGUUUUUUCACUUAACAAAUCAAAAGAUAUAGCAACGACUUCAACAAUGCUGCUUGAACGACAUGGGGAUUCUUUAACCUGCUAUGAAAUCGACGUCAAACCUGAUAUUUCAGUUGCAUACUGUGACUUCACUGCUAAAAUAUCAAUACAAAAUUAUAGUUUGGUAGGGAACGAGCAUGGAUGCCUGUUCUUAAUUAUUUCAACGAAGAUGAUAGAUUUCAUUAGAUUAUUAGGAUCAAUCGUAGAUAUUUUUGAUGUAAAAGAUGCAUCAAAAAACAUUUAUCAAUUCUUUGUAUACACAAGACCAGGCCGUGUAUAUGUAAUCAGAAUAUAUAACGAAAGGCUUUUUAUAAUUAAAGAGGCUGUAUUUUCACACAAAGUCACAGCUGCAUUUAAGGAUCAGGUAUGUUUAUCCGAUGGAAGAAUUUUAAAACUCGAUAUAAACCUAACUUGUCAUGUUGCAGCCACUGUGGAUUCAUAUGUUACUGCAAUGAUUGAUAAAAUGGUUUCAUUCAAUGGAUAUGUUCAGCAUAUUGAAUCGAAAACAUCAAAAAAGAUUUCAAACUUAUCCAUUUUUAAGAUCAAAUGUUUUAGAAACCUUUAUGUUGCAGUUAGUGAUGAUCAUUCAGUAAUUAUUUUUAACAAAGACUUGAAAGUUUUAAACACAGCGGUACCACAUUCCGCUCAAAUAUUUGAUGUAUGCAUAUUUGGAAUGUUUAUAAUCACCGUGUCUUCUGACAUGAGAAUUUGUAUUUUAGAUGAAAAGCUAAAUACAAUCCAAUACCUCUAUCAUAACGUAAAAUUACCAAAAAUAGUUAUUGUUCUUAAUAAUAGCAAACUAAUGGUAUUAGGAGAAUCCAUUGAAGAGAUAGACUUCAAGCUUAUUGAAAUUGCUUUUGGAAAUCACAAAAUUAGUCUAUUAAAUUGA